AUGAACUGCCGGUUCAGACGCGAUUCGACCCGCGUUUGGGAGCGAAGGAAAAUAUUUUCUCCCCACCGCAGCCCAUCAAACAGGCGGGCCUGCCCCCGGCGCACUCUUUGUCCUUUGCCCUGGCGGAGGACUACAUUGAGAAUAGGUGGGGGGCGAAGCGUCUUAUAAAAGCGCCCGGCAGGAGGCGGAGCCUGGCAGUCUCGUCUGAGCCGUCGGAGCUGCAGGUUCUCUCUUCGCUGCUGAGCCGCCAGACCUCGCCAUGUCCCGGGAGCCGGAGAUCAUGGAGGCGCAGGUCAUGUGGGAGCCGGACUCCAAGCGCAACACGCACAUGGACCAGUUCCGGGCCGCCGUGGCCGCAGCCUACGGCAUCCCCCUGGCCAACUACAAUGAACUCUACCAGUGGUCGGUGGAACACUACGCAGAUUUCUGGGCGGAAUUCUGGAAGUUCAGCGGGCUUACCUUCUCCCGUCUGUAUACAGAGGUGAUCGACUCUUCGAAAGGCGUUGCAGAUGUUCCAGAGUGGUUUAAAGGCAGCCGGCUCAACUAUGCGGAAAACCUCCUGAAACACAAGGAGAAUGAUAAAAUUGCCCUCUAUGCUGCGCAGGAAGGCAAAGAAGAGAUCGUGAAAGUGACUUUCGGAGAGCUGAGGCAACAAGUCGCUCUCUACGCGGCCGCCAUGAGAAAGAUGGGCGUGAAGACGGGGGACAGGGUUGUUGGUUAUUUGCCUAAUGGGAUUCACGCGGUAGAAGCCAUGCUGGCAGCAGCGAGCAUCGGCGCCAUUUGGAGCGCAACGUCUCCCGAUUUUGGUGUCAACGGCGUGCUGGACAGGUUUUCCCAAAUUCAGCCCAAGCUGAUCUUUUCCGUCGAAGCUGUUAUUUACAACGGGAAGACGCACAAUCACCUGGAGAAACUUCAGAGCGUCGUCAAGGGUCUCCCGGAUCUAAAGAAAGUCGUGGUGAUUCCAUACGUGUCCUCCAAAGGAUCCAUAGACAUUUCCAAAAUUUCAAACAGCGUCUUCCUAGAAGACUUUCUUGGCACGGGGAAAGGAGACCAACCCCCGCAGCUGGAGUUUGAGCAGCUUCCCUUCAGCCACCCCCUUUUCAUCAUGUACUCCUCUGGCACGACUGGCGCUCCCAAAUGCAUGGUCCACUCCGCAGGGGUGCUCUCCUUGAGUAGUGGCGACGGCACAUUGAAUCCGAGCGGGGUGAGGUUUGGGAGUUCCGAGAUCUAUAACAUAGUGGAAGCUUUCGAAGAGGUCUCGGACAGCCUGUGCGUCCCUCAAUACAACAAGGACGGCGAAGAGAGGGUCAUCCUUUUCCUGAAGAUGGCCACCAAUCACGUGUUCAGCCUGGGUCUGGUGCAACGUAUCAAGGAAGCAAUUCGCCGGGCCCUCUCUGCCAGGCACGUCCCUAGCCUGAUUCUGGAAACUGAAGGCAUUCCGUACACUAUAAAUGGGAAGAAAGUCGAAGUGGCCGUCAAGCAGAUCAUCGCUGGCAAAGAAGUCGAGCAGCGGGGCAUCUUUUCCAAUCCUGAGACGCUGGACCUCUACCGGGAUAUCCCCGAGCUCCGCGGCUACUGAAGCGACCGGCCUUCCCUUCUCCCGGUGUUUGUGUGUGUGCGCAAGUGUGGAGAUUUUGUACCAUGUAUAUAUUGUAUAUGAAUACUGUAUGUAAAGGAGAGCCUUUUAUUUAAGUGACGGCGUUUCCUGUUUGUAAGGAGAAAGGCUGUCCCUUGGCCGAGCGCUCCAUGACAUGGCUUUGGGUGGAAGUUGCAACUCCCCCGUUAUUUUGAGUUCUCCUCCACCAGCCCAGAAGAUUUUACUGAUCUAAGUUCAGUCACUGGAUGGGGGGGCUUUUAUAAUAUACUAAAACCGCUCUCCCCCGCCCCUUCUCCUUUCUGUUUUUAAAAUGAAACUGAGUAGGUUAAACUCAGAGAGAGCUCGUCCCGUUUUGAGUAAAGUUAUUUUCAAGGUGCGUUUUGGCAAACAGUCAGUUUUCUGGGCAAGUCCCUUGGUCUGAAUAUCAGCAGACAAUUGACUCCUCCUCCUUCAGCACCUCCACUGAGUUUGUGCUGCAGCACAUAGGUUCUUUUCCACUUUGAGAAAGUGUUUCUUGGUUCCUGUGGAGCAGGGUAGUCCCAAGAGACCUGGCUAGUAUCCCAUGUGAACUGAUGCCCCGUUGUGGACUGUGUUCCAGAAUGCUUUUCAGCACAUUGGCCUGCUAAAAGUAGAAAUUGCACCCCAAAUGUAAACAAAAUUAACUGGAUUAAUGGGUCUCUUUUUUUAAUGCAGCAUUUACUUGCUUUCUUUUUUUAAACAGACGCUUCCGGUUCGUUUAACCUUUCUUUUUAUUUAAAGAAAAAUCUUUUCAGAUUGGAGCACAAGUGUUCUUGCAGCUCUUUUGAAGAACGCCGAAGAUUUUUGCCCUUGACUAGAGACGGGUCGCGCGUUAAGCCCCCGUUGCCCUUGCCGAGACAGGUUUUAGAGAGCAAUAAAAGUCCCACCCGUGUUGAUGGGACUUCAGUGCAGAUAAGUUUCCUUGAAGUGGCUUUGAUAUCUCCCCUGCCCCCUGGCAAAUGACCUCUUGCAAAAAGAGCAACGUGGUGACAUUGAAGCACACGGUAGACAGUCAGCUUAAAAUCUGGCUAGAGUACCAGCUCUUAAGAAAUACAAGAGAUGCCGAAUUCCUUCACAUGGACACAAGGACGGUUCAGGAACAUGAAAAAUCAGCCACUGAGACUCUCUCUUCUUGAAUACCCAUGACUGGUGUUUGGUUUUUUUUUUUAACAGUGGGUUUUCCCCAGUGGUUUACUGUAGGCAAAGGCCUCAUCCACCCCUUCCUCUCCGGAGUGAAUGAUAGAGGCUUUGGUGGAACUCUCCUGGGACGCCUCACCUGCCUAAGGCAAUUUGCUUGUGGUUUGGCCUGUUGAACUGGCAACUUCAGGUGUAUCAAUAGAACAUUCUGACUUCUCUUCCUGCUGUGCUUUCAGCAAUCUUCUCAAAAGCCCUUUGCCAGAGGCCUUGGCCAGUGUGGGGAGAAACCAGGCGGGAGUAGUGAAGGGAGGGCAGUUUUAUGGGAUUAAGGGCUAGGCUGGGGGCAAUAGGGAAGCCCCUUUGGGGCGGAAUUGACCCUGCAGGUUGCCAGUUUGCUCGCCCUCCCACCAGAACCCCACGGAGCUCGAGGUUCGAGGCCAAUACAUGUAACUUAAAAACAACAACUGUGCAAUCUUUGGGGAAUGACCUGCAAUGAUUUCCUGGUGCUUUGGUCUUUUUUGCUUUGCAAAGGGAUCUGUUUUUUAAAAAUAAAAACGCGCUCUUACGACUGUGAAAUCCGGUCCACGGCAGCAGCUACAGUUUGUGUUUUCGCAAAGCGGGGGGCCAGUUGUAACUACCGUUCGGGAAAAUGUCCGGCGCUCGGCAAUCCCUGCACCGCUUUGAAUAUGUCGUGGGUAAAUUCUGUAUUUUGCAACUUUUUCAAACAAUUCAUGCUGUUGAGUGAGCCCCAAUGCUGUUUUAAGACGUUUAAACAAUAAAAUAGCAGGAUAAGUGGCUGUUUUGAACGGACCAAAUAUUUUGCACUGAGCAUGGAUGUACAAAAGGACAGGCAGUUCCCAGGCAAGGCGGGUUGGGUGAUUGGUGUGGAGCAAGACUGGAUGUUGAAAAACGACGCAGCUAGUUGGAUUCAUGGCUCCUCUCUGUCCCUACCAGGGGAGGGGCUUCGCGGGUUGAUUUCCUCUACCAAUGUUUGAUUCCCUAAUGUAGCCUGCCCUCGUUGGAAGCAUUGGGGAAGAGCGUUCUUUUAGGCCAGAGAGCUGCAGCUGGACCUGAAGAGUGCUAUACAUUAGCCCAGCACUGCACAGAACUUGAUGGAGAAAACGCAGAUGCAUCCACCACUUGUAAUCCAGAAAUAAGCUUCUCCCAGAAAUCAAAGGCUGCCUGGAGUGAUUUGUUGGAAAACAGAACCUGUUUGAUCAAGGAUUUGCAUGUGUGUGUGUGUUACUUUCCACAAUACAACCUGUUGACCCCUUUGCACCAUAUUCAGCCUUUCCCACAUUCAUUGAACAAUUCGUGCAGUUGCCAUGGGACACAAACUGAACCCUCCUUUGUCCCUUUAACAGGGGUAUGUAUGGAUUCUAUAGCAGAAGGGGCGGGAGGCACGUGAUGGUCUCCAACAGGUGAAAUGGAUCAACAAGAGGAAAGGUGGAAGUUACCGUUUUGGAUCUGACUGGUCUAGCACAGUGUUUUCCAACCCUUUGGGGGUAUGUUAACCCACCAGCCCCAUGUUUCUUGGUAUGGCUGGUGACGCACUUCGAAAAACAGCAUGCACAAACAUAGGGCCCAUUUUUUCAGGCUUUGGAGGUGGGGAGUUAUAGGUUAGGAAAUGCUCAUAAAAGGAUUCAGGUCUCUGGAGCACAACUGUCUGUGAGAUUGAUUCUGUACCCCUAAAACAUCUUCAACAUAUGGAUUGAUAAAUAAGGUGUUUACAAAGAU